GAUCUUCAAAACCUUUUACUGCCUCGUCUAAGAGUCAAAAUGAACCCUGACGACCGCAAUCCAGUUCCUUUUUCCGCCCCGGUCGGCAAUCCCAAUCCGCAUUUUGAGGUGGAGCUGAAAGUGCCUUCAGAUGAGGUGGUGGAGCAGAACAACAGCUCAGGCGGACGUCCCGUAGUACCUCCAGCUCUGACUGAUGACAUCAACCAACUCGCUUUAUUCGGUGGAGCAGCACCCCUCUCUACUUCUGGUCAGAUGUUACAGUCAAGCGCCAGCACGCCGGUGGUCUAUAUUCAAGAUCCGAAGAACCCCGACAAGCCUCCCAUGGCAUUCAAAGUGCAGGUGACACAAAGGGCGGGACAGCACGGCGGGGCCACGACCCCGUCCAGCGGGUCGAAUUUUUCCUCCCCGAUGAUCCCCCCUCUACUACGGAAUGGCACGUCGAAGCUCGGCGCACUCAGUACGAGAACAAUGGACGGCCUCUUUGCGCCCAUGCAGCAAACCAUAGUGCCUGUCCUGGUGCAGCAGCCGGGAGCUUCGGAACAAAAUGGCAAUCAGUUUGCACCGAAUUAUUCCGGUUCCGGCGGCGGGGGUGGGCCUAUCUUGCAACCACCACCAAUGGAAAGCAUUGCCGGCGCCAACACAACGGGGGCAACAGCUGCGUCAGGGAUUUACGGAGCGUCUACUUACCAAGGUCCAAAAACCGUGAACGUCCACAUCAACAAGAGAUACAGAAGACAGGAAACGUUCAAACAAACACUACUGCAAUCCACGCCGGAAGAAGAAGCAACAGACGCCAACGCUCUUUCCUGCAAAGACAAACUGUGCGGCUGCUGCUGGCUCGUGUUUGUUUCACCCUUUUACCUGCUCAGCUACACGCUCGCGUUUGCAUUCGGGCUGAUCGCGCUGCCAAUCACUUUCGCGUACAGUCUGUGUUGUAUGAGCGCAGCGCAGAAACAGAAGCACAGUCGGGAGCGGCUCGAGAAGAAGCUGCUGAAAGAGCAAGAACGGGCUCGGCGGCAGAGGCUGCACGACGAAAGACAGAGGCAGCAGCGCGGAACUGACUCGACGUACCACUACCAGGCGCACAACCAGUGCGACCUGUGCUGUCUCUACUGCGACUGCGGGCGGAACUGCAAUUACUGCUUCGGCGCUACCAACGAGUGCGAGUUUUGCCGUCAGUGUUGCUUCUGCUGCUACCAAAACCACCCGACCAGCUAUUUGGUGGACGACCGGGAUUUAGGAAAGAAUGCGGCCGACGUGGUUGUCAACCUGUCAGCAGUCGCACCUCCGGGCGAACAGCUGGCAACGACCGGCGCUGAAGAUGUCGGCUUCUUGGCGCCUACAGUGAUAUUAAACGUCGGUGACAAUGUUGGAGCAGGAGUGAGUGCUACCGCAGACUCCGCCAACCAAGGGCUGCACUUCAUUGGGGAGCAGGCGCAAACCGCUUCGGGGGAAGUGAUAGGGAACAUCACGAGUGUUGGGGACUUACCCGGGGCAGAACUCGCAGCUGACGCGUUCCAAGGCGUCGCGAACAUUGUCAUGGAAGGCGGGCAGAUUGUUGGCGUGGUGUUCGAAUCUGCGGGGGAACUCCUCCAACCCGCCAAGGUGUGCGAUGCGUUCUGCGGCCAGGUGAGCGACUGCUGCCAGUCGUUUCAAAACUGUGUAGACCAGUGCAGUGGGGUGGAGUGCUCCUGUUGCUGCGACGGCGAGCAGUUCUGUCAAUGUUGCUGCCUCUGCAACGAGUGCGCCUGCAAUUGCGACUGCGGAAAUUGUGACUGCCCCGCACGCGAUUGUUGCUGA